AUGGAGAAUACGUUGGAAGCAGUUGAAGCGGAUGCAUUCCUUCAAAUUUAUGAAGCUUUCGAGGAUGCAUCACGAAAGAUUCAGAUUCCGCUGCGGCAUCGAUGCCCGAUUCGGAAAGUGGUCUGGUCAUCGUUCGAUUACAUGUCUGGGCCGGAGCUCGGAUUCACAUGGGAGGCGGUUGCACCAGCUGGAGAGGCUACAUCAGGCAAUAAAAAUUCCUCGUCCGGUAGCUCUCGGGACAGCUCAAGCCUGACAUCAUCGAUGACGAAAGGUGGAAGCAAUGCUGAUUAUGAGGAUAUCGACGAUGCAUUCAGAGUGAGCAUUUUGCGGACCGCUACUCGCCAUAAAUUUUACGAAUUUCAUCGGUUUUGUUGGUAA